GGAGGUGACGGGUGGGUGAGCUGCGAGGUCCCCCCCCCCAGGCCAGGAGUGGAGCAGGAAGACCGGAGACGGGAUAGGGCCAGUUUCCCUCCCCAGGUUGCUGUUGGCUGCCUCUGUGCCAGCAGUGCGAGCUGUGCCCUGCAUCCCACCCUGCCACGCCAGAGGACACCAUGCUGACGGCUCUGAGCAUCGCUGUGCUCUAUGCCCUGCUGUCCCCAGCCCUGAGCCAGCUGCCAACAGAUGCUGUCCUCCGCCUCAACAAAGGUGUUCUGAGUGAUGCUCUUGCAGGUUCCCUGCAACACGGUGCAGUCCUGCAAGGAGCCCUCGGAGAUCUGCCCAUCAGCGGGAUGGAUGGAAGCAGAGCACAGCAGGACAGCCACGGAGGGGGCCUCCUGGGUGGCGGGGGGCUGCUUGGCGGCCUGCUGGGUGGUGGGGGGCUGCUGGGGGGGCUGACGGGUGGCCUGCUGGGUGGAGGUGAUGGCGCCAAUCUCCUUGGUGGAGGGGGUGAUGCAGGUUGUGGUCUCCGUGGUGAUGGGGAUGCUUCCUGGACGGCCCCCCGCAGCCGUCCCCCUCCCAGAAGCUGGCCUGUCCCCAGGGGGUCCCUUCCUGUGGAUGUGCCGGGUGCAGCAGAGGGGCAGGGGGCUCUGCUGGGUGAUGGAGGCCCCUCCGGCACAGCUGGGCUCCUCGGAGGAGGCUUGCUGGGUGUCCUUGGGGACGGAGGCCUGCUCAGCACAGCGCAGGGGCUCACGGGGCUGAGGAUCGUGGAGCUGACGCUGCCCACGGUGUCCCUGCGGCUCCUGCCCGGCAUCGGCUUCCACCUCAACCUCUACACGCGGGUGGCCCUCAAUGGCAGAAGCCUCCUGGGUCUGCUGGACAUCGCUGUGGAAGUGAACAUCACCUCGCGGGUCCGGCUGACCAUGGAUGGCACCGGCUACCCCAGACUGGUGGUGGAAAAAUGCAACACGCUCCUCGGAGGCAUGAAAGUCAGACUGCUGAGAGGCCUGCUCCCAGUUGUGGAUAAUUUACUGGCUGGUGUCCUGAACAGGCUUCUUCCUAAUCUGCUCUGCCCGAUACUCGAUGUUGCCCUGGGACUUGUCAAUGAUCAGCUGGGGCUGGUCAACUCACUGGUGCCACUGGGGUUGCUGGGCAGUAUCCAGUACACCGUGUCCAGCCUGCCGCUGGUGACCGGCCAGUUCCUCGAAGUAGACCUGAAUACUGUGGUCGGCCGGGUGGCAGGAGGUCUGGUCGACUACCCACUGGGAAGACCUGAAAGUGUCCCCACACCUCCACGGGUCCCCAUGCCGCCUCUGCCACCGAUGCCUGACAGCAGCUCCUCCCAGCUGGGCCUAUCUGUGAGCUUCCUCAGCUCAGUGCUGGCUGCCCUGCAGAAGGAAGGAGCUCUGGAUCUGGACAUCUCCAAUGCCAUGUAUCCUGAGCUCCCACCGCUGACAACGCCGACGCUUGGAGCCCUGGUUCCUGCGGUUCUUAAGGCAUACCCUGAGCCGUGCGACUUGCUGCUGAAAAUCGCAGUUCCCAAAGCACCCGUGGUGACCUUAAAGAAAGAUAAAGCUGCCAUCCAGCUCCAGGCUACAGCAGAGGUGGUGGCCAUCCACUCGGCCGACGUGCAGAAGUUUCUCUGCCUUCUGAAUAUUGAUGCGUCCUUGCUGGCUCAGUUUGCUGUUGAGGCCAACAAACUGAAGAUGACUGCCGGCCUUGAGAAGACUGAGCUCUCGUUGGUGUCUUCAUCCAUUGGUGAUUUUGAUAUCUCGCUGCUGGAGAUGCUGAUCAACAAGGUCUUCGAUGCUGCCUUCCUGCCUGCCCUGAAUGCUGUGCUGGGCCAUGGGGUGCCGCUCCCACGCCUGCUGAACAUCGACUUCACCAACGCUGACAUCUACGUCAUCGAGGACCUCCUCGUGCUGUCGGCGUGAGCCACACAUUGCCCGGCUGCCCCCAGGAUGGGAGCCCAGCCUGAUGCUGCCCACCAGCACUUCCCUCCGCGCCAACGCGAGCAAAGCAGCUCCUCCACAAAAGCAUCACGUCCUCCCUGUGUAGCUUUGAAUACAGAAGGAAACACGGGUGGUUGUUGCCUCUGAAUGUUGCGUUCUGGACUCUUCCUUUUGCAGACGCUCGGCAGGAUGUGGUGGGCUCUGCAAUCUAACGUGGGCACGUUACACGUGGGGUUAUGUGACCCCAUCCCAACCGCUCCGUGUAAAACCUCCUCACCUUCCCAGCACUGCUCUGCUCCUGGGGAAGGCACUGAGCGCUGCUGGGCUGCAGGGAGCACACUGGGACUGCUCUCACACUGCUGCCUUCCAGCCUGUUCUCUGCCAGCCCUGCACCCCCCGAGAGCCCCCCGGAGCUGACGUGGGCUUCUCCUGCCAUCUUUCCCAUUCUUUUUUCCCUUCCCAGCUCUAUUUAUUUCCAUUUAUUUCGUUCCCUCUCAAACCUCCUCUUAUUGCCCGGAUGUCCCUUUGGGGCACAGCCGCCUUCCUGCUCACCUCCGGGCAGCGCGUGGCUCUCCCUUAGCAGUGCACAAACCCACACACCCUCUGGUUGGCAACGACCUCAUUUGAUCAGCCUCACUCAGCUGCCGUGCACAGUGUGCUUGCCGGGGGCAGCCCUCCUCCUGCAGUGUGCAGACACGGGCACUCGGUGCUGGCAGCACCCCUGGGUGUAUGAGCCCUAACGGCGUUGCUUUCCUUUGAUUUCUGCAGCAGCCUUUAAUCAUUGAUGAAAAUUAAUUUUUAAAGCCAGCAGAGCUCUUCCUCGUCAAAUCCCACCUUUAUUUUCGUGCUGUUAAGUUUAUUACACCGAUCGGGCUGGAAGAAACGAGCGGGGCUCUUUAAUUACUCUUGUUGCCCGGGAUGCAGGGCAAUCCUCAGCAUCUCAGCUCUAAUCUCAGCUGGCUGCUAAACCGGACCAACGUUCUGCACGUGGGAGAUGCUCCGCUCUGGUAUGAGUGCUGCCAGCCAGGUGGGCACGGCCCACACCUGCACGGCUAUUUCCCUGCUGUCGCACACGUUCUCUCUAAGAGUUCCUUUUAAAGACCUGAAAGCAUUCUGGCAGCCUCUUGCCAUGCUGCACACGUCCUGCAGGGACCCUCCGACAAAUCCCACUGAUUUUAUUUGACACCGCUCUCAAUCGAAGCUGCUCCAGCCUCUAUCUUUCUCCUCUGCUCAAUAAUCGCAGCUGCAGGAGCGGUGCAUCAUUACGUGCUGAUCAAAGGGAAAUGCAGAAGGCAGACCGGUGAAUUAAAGCCUGAUUUAAUUGUGCCGAGAGCUGUCAUAGAGGGAUUGUUAAAACGUAUGCGGAGCAGGUGAAGAAGUUGUUCCGAGUGACCUAAAUAACAUUAUUUCUCAGUGCUGAUGCGCUGCAAUAUGCAGCUCCAAUGCUGUCUUUCGUCGAGGAGACGCUGCUGGGACAAAGGUGGGUGUUGGUGGAAUGGAGAGCACAGCACUGCCUCACUGACUCCUUCCUUUCUUCCUUCCUUCCUUCCUUCCUUCCUUCCCACAACCACGGUGUGGCAGCCCCAGGAGUGGCACAGGGAGAUCCCAUUGGGUGACCCACCGGGCCGUGGGCAGCUCCGACACGGCAGAAUGGGCCCUUAAAGGAUGAGUGGAGCAAAGUGGGAACAACAAACAGCUCGGCUACGGGGAAGUGAAGCUGAUUUUGGCUGUGCUUUGAGCUUUAAUAACGCAAGGUGCUCUCCACGAGCUGCAGAAGGACACAGCUUUGACACGUACCAUUUUUUAUCUGGCUGUGCCCCUUUAACUGCUCUCAUUUCAGGGCCGUUCCGGAGCAGGUUGAAGCGAUCCAUCUCCUCGAUCCAAGGUGCUGGGAUGGAGAUGCGGACGCUCUGGUGUCUCACCCUUCUUGGAGGCCUUCUACCCCCCUGCUGGGGGCUUCUCAGCUUGGGAGGCAUCCUGGGCUCCAGCCGUGCACAGCCCUCGGAUGGAGGUCUGCUGGGCACCGGCCUCCUCGGGGAAGGUGGGCUGCUGGGCACAGGGCUCCUGGGCAAGAAGAGCCCAAGCGCAGAUGGCAGUGAAGGCACUGGAGGAGGACAGCCUGGUGGCAGCGGUCUGCUCAGCACAGGGCUCCUCGGUGGGGAAGGACUCCUCGACAGUGGCAUCCUUGGAGAGAAGGGGCUGCUCGGCA